UCUUGAGCUUUGUUGGCUGUAUUUUGCUCCUCUUCGUUAAGUUUGUGUUUUCCAACAGGAACAAACCAUCAGAACCUUUGUGUGUCUGAGUGAACCUUCCCGAGUGGACUUUGUGCUGUUAAACUGCUGUUAUCAUCUUCUGUUAGCUGACGCAGCUCCUGGCGUUAGCUUAGCUUGCUAGCUCUGAGUCGGAGCGAAAAUGUUAAACUAAAAUCCAAAUCGGAGCACAAAAAGCGUCACAACAGACUUUUCGAAGCAGACGAGAUGGACCAUAAACUACCGAAAGUACUUUUCAAAGCUGAAGAGACUCAGCAGAGAACAGACAUUCAGCAGUUGCUGGUGACAAAAGUAGAUGAUCAUUUUGCACAGCAGGAGUGGACUCCAGAACACCCACACAUUAAGGAGGAGCAAGAAGAGUUCUGGAUCAGUCAGCAAGAACAGCUUCAACAACAACAAGAGUUUGAUAUCAAGAAGUUUCCCUUCACUCCUGUGAAGUGUGAAAAUGAAGAGAAACCAGAUUUCUCACAGCUUCAUCAAAACCAGUCUGAGAUCAGAGAGAUGGAACGUCCAACCAGGGGCUCAAGAGAACACUUGAAAACAGAAGCUGAUGAAUACAGUAAUGAAGGACCAGAACCAGCCAGCAACUCUGAUCACAUUCUUCAUUUACAACUAGAUACUGAUGACAAGGCUUCAGUGUUUGAUAAAAAUGGGACUGAAGACAGUAAUGACAGUGUCGACAGUGAUUUUUGGAAAGAGACCAGAGAACGUCAGUCAGGAUCAAAUGAUGGAGGCAGUAUUGAUGAGAAACCAUUCAGUUGCUCAAAGUGUGGCCAGAGAUUUAUGUACAAGUACCAUCUGGAGAAACACAUUAGAGUGACAAAGGAGAAACCAUUCAACUGCCCUGAGUGUGCACAAAGGUUUUGCUACAAGAGAAGCCUGAUGGAUCAUAUGAAAAUACAUACAGGAGGAAAAAUACUGAACUGCUCUGAAUGCGGCAAAAUAUUUAUUUACAAUAAAAGUCUCAAGAUACAUUUGAGCAUUCACAAAGGAGACAAACCUUUCAGCUGCUCUCGUUGUGAUCAGAGAUUUGUAUCAAAGUUACUCUUGAAGAGACACAUUAGAAUUCAUACAGAAAAGAAACCAUUUGGUUGUCCAGUCUGUUGUAAAAAAUUCAGUCAGAGAUCAAACUUAUACAAACAUAUGAGAAGUCAUGCAGGAGAGAAACCAUUUGGUUGCUCAGUCUGUGACAAAAGGUUCACUCAGAGGUCAGAACUAAUUUCCCACGAGGAUUCACACAGGAGAAACCCCAUUUAGUUCAUCAGUCUGCUUGUAAAAACUUUGCUCAGAGGUUACACCUGACUAGACGUAAGACCUCAUCCAAGAGAGAAACCAGUCAAUUCUCUCGUAGUUCAAACCUACGUUAACACAUGGGAGGCCAUAAGUAGAAAAUCCACUGAGCUGAUCUUUGUUGUGACACAACAGUCGGCCCAGCAUUAGCAAGUCACUUCAGAAGACAUUUAACUGCAUUAUGUGUUCUCUGUUUGGUGACAAGAUCAUUCUUGGACAUGUGAGAAAUCGUACAUUGGAAAAUAACCCUAUUGCAGAAUAAAGAAUUUGCAUGAGUGAAUGACUUGACUUUGACAUGACAUCAAUGCUUCUUUGGUAGGGCUGAGAUGCAUUUUUUGAGUAAUGGACCACUGUGGCAUAGUAAGCCUAGAUGUUCUCUCUGAUGCCUGUGUUUAGGCAUCACCAUGAUGUGUUUUUCUCAUCUAGCUUGCUCUGUCUGGAGGCUCUCCUUUGCUUACUUCUCCUGCUUGAACAUCCAAGUCUAUUCCUAUUUCCAUCUCACAUCACUUGUCCCACCUUCAUCAGACCCCAAAUGUGCUCAUUUCAGGUCUCUUCUUUCCAUGUCUCCCAAUUUCAACUCUUAACAUUCUCAUCUUUGAACACUUCAAACUGACAUUUGUUAAACCUGCGUCUCUGAGCGAUUUGUCAUUACAGG